AUGGACCGCAUGGACCUUCGCAUCGUGUGGAGUCGACAGUGGUGCGAGAUGUCUCCGUGUUUGGACGACGAAGGUUGUGAUCUCCUGGUCAAUCAGUCGGGCUGGACCUGCACGCAACCGGGAGGCCGAGUCAAGACCACCACGCUGAGUGAAAGAGUCGAUGUAAUAUCAUUUAAUGAAAUCAAAUCUUGGUUCACCUCAAACUUCCUCAAAUUAAACAGCAAUAAAACUGAACUUCUUCUAAUUGGCACAAAAUCUACAUUAAACAAACUCCAUCACUUCUCUAUUCCCAUCGACAACUCGCCCCUCUUCCCCUCCCCUCAGGUUAAGAGUCUGGGUGUCAUCCUCGACAGCACCCUCUCCUUCACCUCCCAUAUCAACCACAUCACCCGGUCUGCCUACUUCCACCUCCGCAAUAUUAACCGUCUCCGUCCUUCACUCACUCCCCACUCCACCGCCAUUCUUGUUCACAGCCUCGUCACCUCCCGUUUGGACUAUUGCAUCUCCCUUCUGUUUGGUCUCCCCCACAAAACCCUCCAUAAACUACAACUGGUUCAAAACUCAGCCGCCCGUAUCAUCACACGCACCGCCUCCAUCCACCGCAUCACACCCAUCCUGCAACAGCUCCACUGGCUCCCCAUCACACACCGGAUCAACUACAAAAUACUUCUCCUCACCUUCAAAUCCAAACACAACCUCGCCCCUCCAUAUCUCUCUGAAGUCAUAGUGAUCUAUUACCCCUCUAGAACACUACGCUCCCAACAUGCAGGCCUGCUCGUCCGACCUAAAGUCUCUAAAAGUAGUAUGGGAGGUAGAACCUUCAGUUAUCAGGUCCCUCUCCUUUGGAAUCAUCUACCAGUCAGGGUCCAGGAGGUAGACACCCUCUCUACUUUUAAGAGUAGGCUUCAAACUUUCCUUUUUGAUAAAGCUUAUAGUUAG